AGUGGUGAUGCAAGAAGUUUCUAGGAAAGCACUACCAGAUCUUGACAAAAUGGCUUGCGCAGCUGACAGCUGCAUCCAAUUCACACGCCACGCGAGUGAUGUUCUACUCAACCUCAACCGGUUGCGCAGUAGGGACAUCCUCACAGAUGUGACCAUUCUGGUCAGCAGACAACAGUUUCGCGCUCACAAGACCGUCCUCAUGGCCUGCAGUGGGCUCUUUUACACCAUCUUCACGGAUUCGCUCAAAUGCAACCUGAACGCCAUCAGCCUGGACCCUAAAGUGGACCCCGAGGGCUUCGCCAUCCUGCUGGAGUUUAUGUACACGUCCCGGCUGACGCUGAAGGAGAGCCUCAUCAUGACGGUCAUGAACACAGCCAUCUACCUGCAGAUGGACCACGUCGUCGACACCUGCCACAGAUUCAUUAAGUCCAGUGACUCCUCUCUCAAACUGCCAAGAGAGGACUUCCUGGUCAGCCCCUUGCUGUUACCUCAGGACGUCCACAGCUACAGGCCGCAUGACAUGGCCGAGAACCUCCCCAGCAGAGUGACCCCCUUCAGGGACGGGAGGCCGUACGGCUCGGGCAUGUUCAACGCGGUCAACACUCCGGUCAGCAGCUCCUACCACCUGUACAGCCAGUUCCCCGUGCAGGGCUUCCCCUUCCCCCUCUGCAAACUGGCCGACACCAAAAACACGUUUGCGGACUUCUCCAAGCCCGGCGUGAUCCACCACAAGCACUGUCCACCGCCGCCGGCGGAGAACCCGAGUGCGGCGGUGCUGGCCGAGUACUCGCGGGUGGCCACCGGGGGCAGCGUGGCGGGCGUGUGCCACCCGGGCGCCUACUCCUCCCGGGAGCUGGUGCGCGACGAGGAGAUGAAACGCGAGAGCCUGGAGGGCGUGGUGCAGUCCAUCGGCAUGGGCUCCAGGAAGCACGGCUACCCCAGCCUGGCGGCCGAGCAGCAGGGCCACCACGGACAGCCGCAGGGGCAGCCGCAGCAGGGCCACCACGGACAGGGGCAUCAGGGGCAUCAGGGGCAUCAGAAGGAGGCGGGCAAGGAGCAGGGGCCGGCGGCCGAGGAGGAGAUGGGCCACCAGCACUACCCCAUCGGCAUGUCCGCCAGCGGCCGCAAGGCGCUGGUGAGCAGCCCGCAGAGCCCGCUCAAGUCCGACUGCCAGCCCAACUCGCCCACGGAGUCCAGCAGCAGCAAGAACGCGGCGCUGAGCCAGGCCAUCCGGCCGCUGGCGUCCCAGGGCUCGCCGGACCCCAAGGCGCGCAACUGGAAGAAGUACAAGUUCAUCGUGCUGAACCAGAGCACCAAGGAGGAGGAGGAGGGCAGCAGCCCCCGCGACGCCCACAUGCGCUCCCCGGCGCCACCGCAGCGUCUCGGCCUGCCGCCCUUCCUGCACCCCGCCGACUCCGAGCACCCGGACGCGGUGCAGUCCGGCACCAAGAUCACCGAGCACCCCGAGGACUUCCACGUGCCCCAGGCCAGCCGUCUCAACAACAUCAUUAACAGGACUCUGGAGGGAUCCCAGCGCAGCAGUGACAGCCACUCGUCGCUGUACAUGAGCCACUUGAAGUGCACGUCCUGUGGCUCUCAGUCGCCGCGGCACUCCGAGAUCUGCCCCAACACUCCCGCCUCGCGCCUGGCCGAGGAGAUGGCCGAGAUGCACUCCGAGUACUCCGACUCCAGCUCCGUAGAAAACGGUACGUACUUCUGCAACGAAUGCGACUCAAAGUUCAUAGAGGAGGAGGCGCUGAAACGGCACAUGCUUCAGGUCCACAGUGACAAGCCAUACAAAUGUGACCGCUGCCAGGCCGCGUUCCGCUACAAAGGAAACCUCGCCAGCCACAAGACGGUACACACAGGAGAGAAGCCGUAUCGCUGCAACAUUUGCGGCGCUCAGUUCAACAGACCAGCCAACCUCAAGACUCACACGCGCAUCCACUCAGGGGAAAAGCCAUACAAGUGUGAAACCUGUGGGGCGCGCUUUGUGCAGGUGGCACACCUGCGCGCCCAUGUACUGAUCCACACGGGAGAGAAGCCAUACCCCUGUGAAAUCUGUGGGACGCGCUUCCGACACCUGCAGACCCUGAAGAGCCACCUACGCAUACACACAGGAGAGAAGCCCUACCAUUGUGAGAAGUGCAAUUUGCAUUUCCGCCACAAAAGCCAGCUGCGCUUGCACCUCCGACAGAAGCACGGAGCGAUCACCAACACCAAGAUCCAGUACCGCAUGUCCACGCCGGACAUGCCCACGGACCUGACCAAGACAUGCUGAGGACGUACGUGCGCGCACACGCGCCACUUGACCAUGGCAUUCAAAAAAAGACCCUGACUUUGUACAAUCAUCCAAAAUUGUAGUGCCACACUGUGUUAAUGUGAUGAGGGGGGGGGGGG